AUGCAGCCAAAUACCGAGCCGAGUGAGUUUGAGAAUCAUCACUCAAUGGAAAUUGAAAAUACACAGGCUCCAUAUAAAAGGUUGGAGAGAGAUGUCAGCCAAGGAAAUGGUAAAGGGAAUGACCUGCCUUCAAUUGAAUUGAUUUACAAGGAGAAGGCAAUUCCCACAUGGAGGAAUCAGUUGACUAUAAGAGCUUUUGUAGUGAGCAUUGUUUUGGGGUUCUCCUGCAUCAAAGCUUGGAUCUUGAUCAUUGAUAAAUGUGGGAUUUUAGGCCCACCUUUCACUAGGCAAGAGAAUACCUUGAUUCAAGCUACAGUCCUUGGAAUCACUGGUGUUAUUUCUUCUGGGGGCUUGGCAAGCUACAUUUUUGGAAUGUCCCUUACUACUGCAAAGCAAAGAGAUCCAGUAAUUGAUGAUAAGCCAAACAUUAAGAACCCAAGUGUUGGCUGGCUUUUGGCCUUUUAUCUUACUACAUCUUUAGUAGGCCUCUUCUUUAUAGUGCCUUUCCGAAAGGUUAUUAUCGUAGACUAUAAAUGGUUGUUCCCUAGUGGGCAGUCAAUUGGUUACCUUAUCAACUCCAUCCAAGCUCCUCUUAAGACCAAGUUCGCAAGGAAACAAGUGACAACAUUUGGCAAGUUCUUCUCUUUUAGUUUCAUUUGGAGUGGUGUCACGUGGCUGUUUACUGGUGGGAGUAACUGUGGCUUUAGUUUCUUUCCCUUACUUGGUUUCAAAGCAUCAGACGCCGGCUUCUAUUGGGAUUGGGCGGGUACAUAUGUUGGAGUUGGCAUGAUGUGCCCAUACAACACAAUCAUAUCAAUAUUGCUUGGAGCAAUAUUAGGGUACGCCUACUUGUUACCAGAGAUAACGAAGAAAAAUGGAGAGUGGUAUACUGAAGAUGCCAAUGUUGAGAGCUUCCAUGGCUACGGUGCUUACAAAUCCUUAGUUUCUACAUCGAUGAUUCUUGGUGAUAGCGUCUACCAAAUCUUGAAACUUAUUAUCAUUGGAUUGUACCGCAAACUCCAGGACAAAGACACUACUACUGCUCUUCCAGUUGCUGAUCAACAUUCCACUGCUGGAAGCUCAGCCUUGGAAAUUGAUGAGCAGUUCAGGACCCAAAACUUCCUCGAUGACAAAAUUUCAACAAAAUAUUCAUUCGCUGUCUGUGCUGCACUGAUGCUUGUUUCCAUAAUAGUUGUUCCAAUAAUCUUUCCUCAGGUCAAAUGGUACUACGUUGUGGUCAUGUACAUAUUGUGUCCACUCUUUGCUUUCAGUAAAAUACAUGCACAAGGGACUACUGACAUGACUAUAGUAACUGCCAAUGUGGGUAAGAUAGCCAUUUUCAUCUUUGGAAGCUGGGCUGGAGUCUCUCGAGGUGGUAUUGUUGUUGCUCUAGCUGCUAAUGGGGUCAUAGGAAACUUUGUUUCCUCUGCGUCUGAUCUUAUGGUAGACUUCAAAACUGGCUACUUAACUGUGUCUUCCCCAAAGUCUAUCCUCAUUGGCAAAUUCACUGGGAUUGCAGUUGGUUGCGUUAUCACUCCUUUAAUCUUUAGGUACUUCCAGGUAACAUAUCCUGAUUUGGGGGUCAAUUUUUCAACUUAUCCUGUACCUUUUGCUGGCCCGACUAGAGAUAUUGCAUCAUUUGCUCUUGAAGGACCUUCAGUCUUGCCAAAGUACUGCCUUCUUUUUUGCUAUUGUGCCUUUGCUCUAGGCAUCAUCAUCAACAUAAUCAGAGAUGUUUUGCCAAAGAAGUGGGCGACAUUUGUUCCCAUUCCAUUGAUAAUGGCCGUACCAAUCACUAUCGGAAGUUAUAUAGCUGUUGAUUUCUGUCUGGGGGGCUUGGUAUCUUUGAUCUGGAGGUUUAAGAAUAAGUCUCAGGCUGAUGUUUUUAUACCCAUAGUUGGUUCUGGUUUGAUUUGUGGAGAUGGGCUUUGGACUUUGCUGGUUUCAGUAUUCUUUUUGAUUAAUUGGAAGGCACCAGCCUGUGUAAGGUUUCUUAAGACUCAAUCGGAAGAGUAG